AUGCCGACAACGAGAAGAACUUCGAUGAAGAAGGCAACAGCGAAAUCAACCCCCGUUAAACACACUCUUGUUUACAAAACUCUAUUACGACGACGAAGCAACAUUCUCGGUUCGGCGGAGCUCAUUCAACAGUUUUAUACAAAUUUUCUACCGGAGCAGAUGAAUCAAGUGGCGGUACGAAUUGCUCGUCUGGAUGAUCUCUGGGAAAAGUUUGAAGGUGUCCAGGAAGAAAUCGAGGUGCUGGAGAAUGAGACUGAAGUCUUUUCGGAUCAACGAAUGCAGUUCCAAAACAUGUACUACGAGCUAAAGGCCGCGCUGAUAGCGCUGCUUCCGCAGCAGAGAGUUGAUCAAUCUAAUGCUUCCACAGUGGCUAAUCCUCCUUCUUCAAACCCGAUAUUGUCGGUAAAACUUCCUGAGUUGCGAAUUCCCGAGUUUCGCGGGAAUCCGGAGGAAUGGAUUGAAUUUAGAGAUCUCUUCAAAUCCGUAAUUCACACGAAUGUGAAUCUGUCUGGUGUGCAGAAAAUGCACUAUUUACGCAGCUCACUCAAAGAUGAAGCAGCCCGUCUGAUUGCUUCUUUUGCAAUAACGUCCGACAACUAUGUUCUCGCUUGGAAAACCAUUACUGAUCGGUACGAAAAUGUUAACUUUCUCGUAAAACAGCACAUGUCGGCCAUUUUGAAAAUUCCUUUCGUUCGCAAAGACUCUGCUGCUAGCCUUGCGGAACUCGCAGAUGAGUUCAAUCGUCAUGUCGGUAUUUUGGACAAACUGGAAGAACCUGAGAGUCACUGGAAUUCCUUCCUGGUUGAACGGUUAAGCAGCCUUCUGGAUGAUAAAUCUCUCUUGGAAUGGGAGAACAGUUGUAAAGAUGAAGAGGUACCACAGUAUAGUGCGCUGCUAGAGUUCAUUCAUAAAAGAUCUCGCACACUGCAAAAAUGUAAGGUUGCUGGUAGUGUAUCCACCGGCAGUGCCACAAAAUUUAAGGGGAAACCAUUCUCAUCUCAUGUAGCUACUGAACAUGUGCCAAAAUGUCCAGGGUGCAAACAGUCUCACAUAUUAACCCAGUGCGAAGCCUUUAUGCGACAAACGCCCAAUAAGCGCCUUGAAUUUGUGAAAACUCAUCGGUUGUGUAUAAACUGCUUGCGCGGAGGGCAUUUAGCCAAGGACUGUAAUAGUGGUCUAUGCCGGACAUGCGCCAAAAAACACCACACUUUACUGCACUUGCCAGCGCUAGUAAAGUCUUCACAAGGAGAGCCGAAUGUUGUUCCAGUCACCACCCAAACGGCUACUGCUAUUUGUUACAGCGUCGAGCACAAUACUGCGACCUCGGAGAAGGUGGUGCAAUCUCGUACGGCACAUCGUCAAACCGCGUCGGUAUCGCCGGGUACAAUCGUGUCGUCCGUCGGUUCGGAAAUGGCCCCCUUCUCGUCGUCGAAUGAUCAUUUCGUUAGUGAUGAAUUAGAACCUCCUGCCACCUGCUCCCCAUUAGAAACUACAUCGCUGACACAAUCCAAUAAACGUAAUGAAAAUGUAGUCUUUUUAUCAACCGCUGUUAUUCGCAUUCAAGACUAUCAAGGCAAAUAUCAGCUUGCUCGAGCCUUACUGGAUAGUGGGUCACAAUCCAAUUUUAUUUCGGAGUCACUGUGCCAACGACUCGGCUUGAAGCGCUCUCGUAUAAACCUUCCGAUCAGUGGUAUUGGACAGGCCGCUGUCACCGUACAUUAUCAAGUUGAAAGUAAACUUGCUUCUCGUUUUGGAUCGUUUGAUCAUCCUUUGAGCUGCUUAGUUUUACCUAAGUUAACAGUUUGUUUACCUAGUCGACAUGUGGACGUAUCUCGCUGGAAAAUUCCACCCAAUUUACCGUUAGCAGAUCCAAAAUUCAAUAUCAGUCAUGGAGUAGAUCUGAUUAUUGGAGCGGAACUGUUCUACAUGUUGCUUGAGCCCCAUCAAUUUGUUCUUGCUAAUGAUUACCCUUUAUUACAGAAGACUCUUCUGGGCUACGUCAUAUCUGGAAAACUAAAAGCACCAAAAACAGAGGAGGUGGUGUGUCAUGUUGCAACUGACCACGAUCUGAACAUCCAACUAGAACGAUUGUGGCAAAUCGAAAAUUUUGAUGUUGGCAAAACUCUCACGCAAGCGGAGCAAGAUGUCGAAGCUCACUUUUGCAACACGGUAUCCAGAGAGAAGGAUGGACGAUACAUUGUUCGCCUGCCGCUACGUGAAGAUAUGGUUUCACUAUUGGAGGACUCGUAUACUGCAGUAUUACGUCGGUUUUUUGCAUUGGAGAAACGAUUCGCAGCAGAUGACAGGCUACGAGAGAAUUAUACGCGGUUCAUGGAUGAUUACGAGCAGUUGGGGCAUGGAGGAGUGUUCACGCGUCGCGGGUCCUCAGUUUUUUCUACCACACCACGCUAUCCACCGACCUGA